CAACUUGUUCGGAACGAUGCGUAAUCAUUUCCUGACGCCAUGGCAUCCAAGCCAAGCGCGCCUCGGCCAUUGAGCCGGACGGCGACGGCGACGUCAUGGCCGCGUGGUGCCUGGGGCUGUUGGUCGCCCUGGCCUAUGGGGAGGUACUCUAUGGCUUGCCAGGCAUGGCGAACUACGAGCUGGUGGGGGCGUAUGAGGAGCUGGUGGCCACCUUGUCCAACUUGGCUCCUUUGGGCCUGCAGGACCUGCCACAGCGAUUGAUUUUGUUCAGCGCCUGGUACGUGGCCUCGCGAACGCUGUACAGCGCGCUGGAGGGCCGGGACUGCUCCUGCCACGAGCCAGUGGAGAACCUGUCCCAGGUGCCGGCAGCGCUGAGGACCCGCAUCUGCAAGCUGGACGCCGGAGCCAUCGAGACGGUGAGCCCCUUCCUUUUCGGGGACGAGGCUCCCGAUGUGGACUUGCUGCCGCCUGAGCUAUGGGCGCUGAUCGCCAAGAGGGCCAUGUAUCUGGGCGAGCUCACCCGGACACACAGGUCGCUUCAAACGGACCCAGAACUGGAGAGCUCCAUGAUGUCUCUUGCUCAGCUGGCGUCGUCUAUGCCAGAGCUGGGUGCAGCCUGGAUGACCGGGCGGCCGCCGCGGGUCGUGCUGCCGCACUGCAGCAGUGACGACUUCCACGGGGCGUUUUGGUGGGAAGGAGUCAGCAGCCCCAGCAGUGAGCUCUGGCUGUUCGAGCUUCUGGGCAGACUGGAGGAGAGCAGUCGCAUGGUGGUGGCCUUGAGACCUGCGCCCUACUACAUGCUGGUGGAGGAGCGCUGCGAAGUGUCUGCGGAGAUUCCGCUGCUCCACGACCCCAGCCGAUGCCUGCAAGAUGUAGGGGGCUGGGACGUGGUCACCAUGAUCGAUGACCUGCAGAACAUCACCUCCGUUGGCUCCGUGCAGGGCCGGGUCCCGGACAGCCCGGGGAACGACACUUUCGUGCUGGAGUACGACGAGGAAGGCAAAGUCACCAGCAAGAAGUAUGGGAAGGUGGUGCUGAGCCCGAAGAUGGGCGGCCGGGUGGCGAUGCUCCCGAAGACGGCGGAUCUGGUGGUGGUCUCUCCACAGGCGGGGAACUGCUUCGACGUAGCGGACAUGAUCCCGCCCGGGGGCCGCGGCAAUGCUUUUCUUCUGGUGGUGCCCAUUAACCCCUUGUACGCGCCCCCCACGCGGGUCAUGCCGGACUACACCCGGAUCAGGUUCGAGCUCCACUUCAUAGCGGAGGACAUCACCGACAACCACAAGCUUCAGCGGCUGCUGUUCCUGGCCCACUGCUCCCUGCAGAGCGCCGUGGAUCUCCUGGCGCCGCGCUACGUGCUGCUCUUCGUGGACGGCGCCCGGGCCAUCUUCGCGGAGCAGUCCGUGGCUCACCGGUACUGCACGCCGGUCAGCGGCGGAGAGUCAUGCGCGCCACUGGAGACCUUGUGGCGGCGAGGGGCCGCAUGUAGUCCCAUGACGCUGCAUCUCAUGCGCGCUGGCGCGCAUGUCUUGGAGGAGGCGGCCUCCUUGGCGGAGUCGGCCUGGCCCUGCGAGGAUUACAAGUCCUUGGAGCUGCCGGAGGUGGCGAGCCAUCAGAUCGACAAAAAGAUCCCCUCCAAGAGGGAGCUCUAUGCUGAGCACCUGGACUUCUGCGCCGGGCUGAUCCCUGAGCUCGAGGUCAGGGAUCCGGCCUCCUGGCCUCAUGUCCCGGGCCGUCAGCAUUUGCUGGGCAAUCGUGGGCAUUGCCUCAUAGAGGAGGGUUUCUGCGAAUGCUUCCCGCCCUGGCGGGGGCCAGCCUGCGACCAGCCGGAUUUGCCCAGGGUGGAAGGUCCGCCGCAAGGCGAGGGGAGCGGCACCAUCAUCGUCACCAUGGCAUCCAUGGCGCGGCUGCACGAGCUACACUUCGGCUUGGCCAACUGGUGGGAGAAUUUCAACCACCGCUUCGACCACCCGGUGCUCAUCUUUCACCAGGGCCUCUCGCCCAGUCAGGUGGCGAACAUCCGGGGCGCCUCGGCCAACCGAAUCUGGUUCGCCAAUGUGGAUCGCUUCUUCGUGGAGCCGCAGCUGCCUUUGGGCCCCGGAAGGUUGCUCCAGACGAGCCUGCGGAAGAGCUAUCGGCUCAUGUGCAGGUUCAAGGCGACCUUCGUGCUGGACCAAGCGGCGCUGCAGGGCUUCGAGUGGAUGCUCUGGCUGGACUCCGACUCCUACUUCACCGGCCCUGUGGAAGUGGACCUGGCCGAGGAGUUGGCGCAGAAUGGGGCCAUCUUUGGGUUCACCCACGUGGGCCGCGAGGAUCCCCCAGUGAUCAAGAACCUCUUUGACGCCGCGCUGCUGUUUGAGGCAGCGGAGCUGGGAGGCAGCAAGGACCGGCCCCCCGCGGCGCUGUCGGAAGACGAGGGCGGCGUGCCCAACUUCCUCCGCGCCUUUGAGGAGGGCUUCAGCCCGCCGGCGACCAACACCUACUACGAGAGGAUGCUGUCCAUCAAUUCCCCGCUGGAUCGUGGCCACGUGCUGCCUUUCGGCUCGCCCGCCUGGAAGGGGUGGGUGCCGCUCACGGAUCUCAUGAUUCUUCAAAUCCCUGCCUUCAACAACGACGCCCUGCGCCGCUUUACGGACUGGAUAGAUGAGUGGGGAGGAUGGUGGCUAUAUCGCUGGGGUGACGCAGCGAUCAGAGCAGUUCAAGUGUGGUUGAUGCUCGAGGCCAAAGAAUGCUAUGAGUUUUCAAAGCUGCCUUACGCGCAUCAACACUUCUGCCGUUGCGGACACCCGGAUCAGAACUGCACCUUCCUGGGCAGAGGUGCUAAGAUUUUCAGGUGGAGCUGUGAGAGCUGAGAGACGGGAGUCGAUCCGGGCGUGUCUUUUCUUGGGUAU